CCACGGAUCUGGCCAUCCUACUUCUCCAAAUCCGCGGAAUUGGGCAAACUUUUAUUAUGGCCAAGUUUAUUGAGAUCCGAUGUCGCUUCCUCGAUGUCUGUGCGAGUUCCACACGUGUCAAUUGAUGCUCCGGUCCCGUGCGCUCACCACGAUGUCCCGGAGAUGCAUCUCAUCUCGAGUGACCAUGCACCCGAAUGCAGUAGCCCAUUUGUUGCCCGCUGAUACCCUUCUCGAGGAGGAGAAAAACCCGGAUUAUGACCCGAAACGCUUCUACCCAGCCCAGAUUGGCGAGACCGUCAACGGCAAGUAUCAAAUCAUUUCAAAACUCGGAUUUGGGACAGGUUCAACGGUCUGGCUGGCCGAAGAGAUGAACAGAUGGCCUUGGCAGUCGAGUAAAUAUAUGGCGUUGAAAAUCACCAAUUGUUUUGAGGGGGACUGGAAGUCGGCUAAUGAGGAGCUGCAGAUGCCUCGUCAUAUUUCUCAGAUACAGUUAGAAGAUGAAGGGGGUAAGUAUGUUAGAGUGGCUGAGGACUCUUUCGUCGUUAUGGGGCCAUUUGGUGAGCACCUAUGUUUGGUUUUUGAGCCGUUAAGGGAACCUUUGUGGAUGCUAGGACGACAUCUCGGGACUGUCGGGCUGUCGGCACCUAUUCUCAAAGCUUUCUUGAAGCUCAUUUUAAAGGGGCUUGAUUUCCUUCACUCUGAGUGCCAUAUCAUACAUACCGACCUAAAAGCGGAUAACUUCUUGAUUGGCUUUGAGGACAGCUUGGUCAUUGUUGAGUAUGUCAAGGCACAGAUACAAAACCCUGGCCCGUACAAAGAGGGUGAUGGACGGCGCGUAUAUCAAUCUCAGCCCGACUUUGGGCGCUUCACCAAAGGCACGGGGGUGCUGAAGAUAAGUGACUUCGGUGCUGCUGUGUUCGGCGACACGACGAGGUUGCAUUAUCAUGAUAUCCAGCCUGAACAGUUCGCGGCACCCGAGGUCCUGCUCGGCGCAGGCUGGACGAAUAGUGCUGAUAUUUGGAACCUUGGUAUGGUGCUCUGGGAACUCCUCGAGGACAUCUCGCUCCUCGACGGGGUUGGUCCUGAAAACCAAUACGACCGCCAUGUGCAUUUUGCGCAGAUGAUUCGGAUUUUGGGACCGCCGCCUGUGGAACUGCUGGGGCGGGCAAAUAAGGAGGUUUAUGCCAGUUUGAGUUCAGAGCAAGGCGAAUUUAGGCAUCCGCAUCUGAUGUCACCUGAGGACUUUACGUCCGAGAGCAAGACGCCGUCGCUCCAGGGAGAGGAUAAGCGGCUUUUUAUAGAGUUUGCACGGAGAAUGCUGAAAUGGCUGCCGGAGGAGAGGGCGACGGCGAGGGAGUUGUAUGAGGAUCCGUGGCUGAGCUCUCCCUGACAGUUGGGAAAGGCUUCUGCUUGAAAGC